GUUCGCGGUCCCCAACGGACGCGCCCGCGGCGGGAACAAGAAGGAGCCGCCGGUGCGAGGAUUAUAAAGAGCAGAGGGUUAGGAACAGUAAGACCUUUUGGAUCUGGUCUGAAGAACACGAUAAUAGGCCUUAGCUCCUCCACCAGAGGAAGAUGCUGCUCCCACCUGUCUGCUCAUCCUGAAGCUCCAGGUUUCUGCUACAUUGCCCCAUGGAGGACGCACCCCCCUCACUCAGCUGCUCCAACUGUCAGCGCCACUUUCCUAGCCUUCCGGAACUGUCACGGCACCGAGAACUGCUCCAUCCAUCUCCCAACCAGGACAGUGAGGAGGCUGACAGCAUUCCUCGGCCCUACCGCUGCCAGCAGUGUGGGCGGGGCUACCGUCACCCAGGGAGCCUGGUCAACCACCGCCGGACCCACGAGACUGGCCUUUUCCCCUGUACCACUUGUGGCAAGGACUUUACCAAUCCCAUGGCCCUCAAGAGCCACAUGAGGACUCAUGCUCCUGAAGGACGGCGCAGGCGCAGGCCCCCCCGCCCCAAGGUAGCCACUCCUCACCUCCAGGGUGAGAUGGUUUCCUCUGACUCCUGGGGCCAGAGGCUUGGCCCUGGGGAAAGCUGGGGAAACCAGACAAAACAUACUGAAGAGACACCUGACUUUGAGUCUAGACCUGACCCCAGGGCAGCUCUGGGCACUUGGGAAGAUCCACACACCAGACAAAGAGAAGGCUGGGAGAGCCAGCCAGAUCCCGAGGAAAGUGCAGAGGGCUGGGGGCCCACUAACAACUCUGCCAGAGCCCCCCCUCUCCCCACCCCAGCCAGCAGCCUCCUUAGCAAUUUGGAACAGUAUUUGGCUGAAUCAGUAGUGAACUUCACAGGGGGCCAGGAGCCCACCCAGUCCCCUCCUGCUGAGGAGGAGCGACGGUACAAGUGCAGUCAAUGCGGCAAGACCUACAAGCAUGCUGGGAGCCUCACCAACCACCGUCAGAGUCACACCCUGGGCAAUUACCCUUGUGCCAUCUGCUUUAAGGAGUUCUCUAACCUCAUGGCCCUGAAGAACCACUCCCGACUCCAUGCCCAGUAUCGGCCUUACCACUGUCCCCACUGCCCUCGUGCUUUCCGGCUCCCCCGGGAGCUGCUGGAACACCAGCAGUCCCAUGAGGGUGAAAUGCAGGAGCGGCCAUGGGAAGAGAAAGGGAUGCCCACUACCAAUGGGCACACAAACGAGAGCAGCCGGGACCAGCUCCCUAGUACACAGAUGCUGAAUGGCUCUGGAGAGCUCAGCACCUCUGGGGAGUUGGAGGACAGUGGCCUGGAAGAAUACCGGCCUUUCCGCUGUGGGGAUUGUGGCCGUACUUACCGCCAUGCUGGGAGCCUCAUCAACCAUCGAAAGAGCCACCAGACAGGUGUCUAUCCCUGCUCAAUCUGUUCUAAGCAGCUCUUCAAUGCAGCUGCCCUCAAAAACCACGUGCGGGCUCAUCACAGACCCCGGCAAGGAGCUGGAGAAGAUGGGCAGCCAUCAGCUCCCCUGCUGCUGGCUGAGAGCACUCACAAAGAGGAAGAGGUCCCCUCCACCACCCUGGACUAUCGUCCCUAUAAGUGCAAUGAGUGUGGUCGGGCUUACCGCCACCGGGGUAGCCUGGUGAACCACCGCCACAGCCAUCGGACAGGAGAAUACCAGUGCUCACUCUGUCCCCGCAAGUACCCCAACCUUAUGGCCCUGCGCAACCAUGUGCGGGUACAUUGCAAGGCUGCUCGCCUAAGUGCAGACCCAGGGACCGAGGGCCCCCCCAGCCACCUCAAGGUGGAACUCCCGCCUGACCCGUUGGGAGCAGAAGCCGCUCCUCACACAGCUGAGGGGCAUGUGUGCAGACAUGAAGAGGAGGCCACCGAUUUCCCAUCAGCAGCAGAAAGGACUGUACCACAGAUCUGUAACACCUGUGGGAAGUUCUUUGACGACCUCAGGAGCCUUGAAUAUCACAGCCUGACCCACAGGGCAGGAGAAGGGGAAGAUAGGACAGGGACCAACCUGUCACCUCCUCGGGCAUUUGCCUGCCGAGACUGUGGAAAGAGCUAUCGCCAUUCGGGCAGCCUUAUCAACCACAGGCAGACCCACCAGACAGGGGACUUCAGUUGUGGGGCCUGUGCCAAGCACUUCCACACCAUGGCUGCCAUGAAGAACCAUUUGCGACGCCACAGUCGGCGGUGGAGCAGGCGGCAUCGGAAACGGGCUGGCAAUGCUGGCAGUGGGAGAGAAGCCAGACUCCCGUCAGUGGGAAACUGGGCCCAGGAGUUGGAAGACCAUGAGAGCCUGGACUUUCCCCAAGAUCCUUCAGGGGAAAGUCCUUGUGGGGCCGAAGGCAACUUGGAAAGUGAUGGGGACUGUUUGCAGGCUGAAUCUGAAGGGGACAAAUGUGGGCUUGAGAGGGAUGAGGCCUGUUUCCAGGGUGACAGAGAGAGCAGAGGGACUGAAGAAGGGCUAGAAAGGAAGGAGGCUUGUUUCCUUGAUAACUUGGAAAUCCCGGGCAAUGAGGAAGGCAAUGGGACUUGCUUCUCUAACGGCCUCACUGGAGUGGACGAAGACCAGAAACUGGCCACUGGCCGGCCUAACUCUUCUUCCCACUCAGCUGGAGCUGCCACCGCCUGGCAGGCUGAGGUCUCUCACACAUGUUCUGACUGUGGGCAUUCUUUCCCCCAUGCCACCAGCCUGCUGAGCCACAGGCCCUGCCACCCACCAGGCAUCUAUCAGUGCUCCCUUUGCCCAAAGGAGUUUGACUCUCUACCUGCCCUGCGCAGCCACUUCCAGAACCACGGGCCUGGGGAGGCGGCCUCUGCACAGCCUUUCCUAUGCUGUCUCUGUGGCAUGAUCUUUCCUGGGCGGGCUGGCUACAGGCUUCACCGGCGCCAGGCUCACAGCUCCUCAGGUGUGGCAGAGGGCUCAGAGGAAGAGGGGGAAGAGGAGGGAGCAACAGAGGCAGCCUCCACCCAUAGCCCACCCCUGCAGCUCUCGGAGGCAGAGCUGCUGAAUCAGCUGCAGCGGGAGGUGGAGGCGCUGGAUGGAGCAGGGUAUGGACACAUCUGUGGCUGCUGUGGGCAGACCUACGAUGACCUGGGGAGUCUGGAGCGUCACCACCAAAGUCAAAGUUCUGGGACUACCACAAACAAGCCUCCCAGUCCCCUGGGAGUGUCAGGUGAUGCCAUGGACAUGGUUGCAGACAGUGUCUUGGAGGGCACAGUGACCUCUGUCUCUGGAGAGGGUGGAGACACAAAGUCUGAAGAGGGAGUAGGCACCACAGAGGCUGGCAGCCUUUGCACACAGGGUGCUGAAAGUUUGCUGGAGGCCCAGCCCCGCCCCUUUCGCUGCAACCAGUGUGGCAAGACCUACCGCCACGGGGGCAGCCUGGUGAACCACCGCAAGAUCCACCAGACCGGAGACUUCACCUGCCUCGUCUGCUCCCGCUGCUACCCCAACCUGGCUGCCUACCGUAACCAUCUGCGGAACCACCCUCGCUGCAAAGGCUCCGAGCCCCAGGUGGGCCCCUUCCCAGAGGCAGGAAGCAGCAGUGAGCCCCAGAACAUGGCAGAGGAGGGGUCAGGGCCGGCAGAAGUAGGGAAGCUCCAGGAAGCAUUUAAAGUGGAGCCCCUGGAGGAGGUGGCCAGGGUGAAAGAAGAGGCAUGGGAGGAGACCACUGUGAAGGGGGAGGAGGAAGAGCCAAGGUUGGAGACAGCAGAGAAGGGCUGCCAGACUGAGGCCAGUUCUGAGCGGCCCUUCAGCUGCGAGGUGUGCGGCCGGUCGUACAAGCACGCAGGCAGCCUCAUCAAUCACCGGCAGAGCCACCAGACUGGCCACUUUGGCUGCCAGGCCUGCUCCAAGGGCUUCUCGAACCUCAUGUCCCUCAAGAACCACCGGCGCAUCCAUGCAGAUCCCCGGCGUUUCCGCUGUAGCGACUGCGGGAAGGCCUUCCGCCUGCGGAAACAGCUGGCCAGCCACCAGCGAGUCCAUGCUGAACGGCGAGGGGGUGGGGGCACCCGAAAGCUGGUCCGGGAAGAUAGGCCCUUCCGGUGUGGCCAGUGUGGGCGGACCUACCGCCAUGCCGGCAGCCUCCUGAACCACCGGCGCAGCCAUGAGACAGGCCAGUACAGUUGCCCCACCUGCCCCAAGACCUACUCCAACCGCAUGGCUCUGAAGGACCAUCAGAGGCUGCACUCAGAGAAUCGGCGGCGGCGGGCAGGACGGUGUCGGCGAUCAACUGUGCGCUGUGCCCUCUGUGGCCAUGGCUUUCCUGGCCGGGGAUCUUUGGAGCGACACCUGCGGGAGCAUGAGGCGGAGACCAAACGGGAGCUGGCUAGUGGCCAGGAAGGCCCAAAUGGCACAGAGGGGAACCUGGCUGCCAUCCAGGGACAGGAGGGCAGGGCAGGUAGCAUGGAGUCAGUACCCCAGCUGGAGGAUGGGGCCUUGAGGCCAGACGAGCACAGUCUGAUUCCUAUCAAGGCAUCAAGAGCCACAGAACCAUUGUCCUGGGGUGUGCGGAAGGCAGAUGGGUGGCAAGGAGACCAAGGACUGGUGAGUCACGAUGAAGGUUGGGUUCCUCAGGGCCAGGUAAUGACCAAGCCAGAAGGCGAUUCAGAGGACAGUGUCCCCAGGAGUCCUUGCCACCUUGUUGACAGCCAGUCCAAUGGACCUGGUCUGAGUCAUGUGGAUGGCUGGGACAAUGGAGACAGUAGUUCUCAGCUCCAGUCAGAGAGUCACUCCUCUUCCUGCAGCCAGUGUGGCAGGACCUGUUGCCAGCCAGGUGGCCCCUUGAACCACCACAACACCCACAAGACAGACCGACACUAUUGCGUGCUCUGCUCCAAAGAAUUUUUGGAUCCUGUGGCCAGUAAAAGCCACAGCCACAGCCACAACCACAUAGCUUCCCAACCUUUUGCCUGCUCUGACUGUGGCAAGACCCUCCAGUCCCACCAGGAACUGGCCAGCCAUCUACAGACUCAUGCCAGGGACUAUAGUCAGGUGCCAACCCAGAUAGAAAAGGCCAGAGGUCCCAAAGCUCAGACUGUGGAGGACAAAGUGGGUCUCCCUGGUCAAGGGAAAGCCCAGGAGUUCCUAUCAGAGCCCCCAAGAGCUCCAGGAGAGAGUGCUGAGAGAGCUAGUGGAGGGCAAGGUUUGAAGGCCACAGAGGCUGGAGACACGGAGCGGCCCUUCUGCUGUGCCCAAUGUGGGCGUUCCUACCGCCAUGCCGGCAGCCUGCUGAACCACCAGAAGGCCCACACCACUGGACUCUAUCCCUGCUCCCUCUGCCCGAAGCUUCUACCCAACCUGCUGUCCCUUAAGAACCAUGGGAGGACCCACACAGACCCCAAGCGCCACCGUUGCAGCAUCUGUGGCAAGGCCUUCCGGACAGCAGCCCGGCUGGAGGGCCAUGGGCGGGUCCAUGCACCCCGGGAGGGACCUUUCACCUGUCCCCAUUGUCCCCGCCACUUCCGCCGCCGAAUCAGCUUCCUGCAGCACCAGCAGCAGCAGCACCAGGAGGAAUGGACAGUGGCCAGCUCUGGAGCCCCAGUGGCACCAGCAGCAGGCAGAGGGGACUUGUCAUUGCCCUCUCCACCCACCCCCACAACCCCACUCUUGGACCCUUCACCCCAGUGGCCUGCAGACCUCAGCUUCUCCCUCUAAACUUCAAGUUUCCAAAGAUCAGAAUAUUGGGGAGGGGGGUGCGGGCAGGGAGGGACUUGAUCUCUGUUUUUUACUCAGGAGUAGUUUGGGCAUCUGCAUCUCUUUUCUCCUCUCCCUCUGCGAUGAGGACCCAGAUCUGGCUUCUUUCUUAAAACGGGGAUGGGGUGUUCCUCAUGUCCCUGUCCUUAAAGGACUUCCCUCCUCCAGCCUGUGUCACCACACUCUUCCCAGUGGAGGACUCUGCCUCAUCAGCCAGAUUCUGACACCAGGGAGAGGCAGAUUCAGAGAGGCCAUGGGUGGGAAUGUUGCCUGUGGAAAGGGAGCCUUUUGCUACAAUUUGUAACUUAUUUUCUAAAGUCUAUUUUGUAACAAUUUAUUUAAGUU